AUUCUUCCGGUGGUGAGCAUGAUCACUAAAGCACAAUGGCAGAUCCUAGCUAAUUAACACAAUGAGGCUUAAUUAACACGAAAUUCUACUUUGUGAUUCUUUGUCCUACGCGCUUCGCUCCAGCCCAAUUACCGUGAAGGAUAAAUAAAUAUUAACAUUCGAUUUACGUCCCCAAAAAACUAUAUAAAUCGAGUAUCUUGGAGGUUUCUUCAGAACUGCUCAAUCUUUUUAAGAUUCUUACGGUAGCUUGUAUUCAUCGUCCUGGGAGGGCUAUCGAAGAUUCCGUUUUUGCUUCCUGUCAAGUUAUUUUGAAAAGGUCAACGACACUGACACCAUGUCUACCAAGGCACUUAUCGUCUUUGCUGCAUUGCUCGCCGUUGCCCUGGCUUUCGAUUUCGACGAUGCCGAGGACGAUCUCGCCGCUGAUGUCGAAUUCAUGAAGAGAGACCCAUUCACACAGGACCUUCUGUUGGCGGAGAAAAGGGGGAGGAAUAUGAAGAAAUACAAAGCCUGUGCCAAUGCCCCUGGCUGCUGGUGUACACGGAGGAAAAACAGGGUCGUCUUUUGUGCCGGUGCUGGUGACGGAGGCGCCAUCUAAACACCGAACUGGACACUGUGAACACCGGAAUGAAUAGGCCUACAAGACCAACGCUGAUUACUGGCGUAUAAAACAUAAUCAUAUUUCAAAUAGGCCCAUGCAAGUUAUAUAUGCCGUAAACAUGGUAAAGGUUACGAAUUAUUUGACAGAACUUGCAGUAGGCCCGUAGACAUAGUAUUCAGUUUAUUAUUAUAUGCCAAGUAGGGAAAAGUGAUUCUUCAUAAUUCAGGAUGUAAUAAUAUGCAUAUUUAAACUAACACUGAGUGUGUGUUUGGAAUAACAUUAUACAUUUUGAACAAUGCUGGAUAGACGAAAA